AGUCAGCACCGCACCUCUCUCUCUCUCUGCUUGUAUAAAUCACUCCAGCCUCUCCUCCUAUCCUCCUAGAGUCCUCGUGCUGCUAGUAGCCAAGCACGCGGAAGGUGUUGCCGGCACGGAAGCCUCGCUCUGCCGCCCGGAUCAAGUCUGAAGCGAAGGCGGGCGGACAUGAGGGCGGGCGGGAUGCUGUGCCGGUCGCAGGCGGCGACGGCGGUCUGCGUGCCGGGGGACGCGCGGUCCAUAGUGGUGGCCCGGCGCGCCGGCGGGGACGACGGCGCCCGCGCCCUGCACGACGUCAGGUACGCCCGCCUCGGCGGCGCCGCGGCCGAUGGCAGCGGCCGCCGGUCCGCGUCGCGCCGGGUCGCGGCGCCCAGGGCCAGCCAGGGCGCGGCGGCGGCCCCUCCGCCGCCGCCGCCCCCUCCUCCUCCGCCCGCCGUCGUCUCCGGCGCCGCGUCGUGCAAGCCGCGCGUGGAGAUGGCGAGGCGGCGCCCCGGCCGGGCGCCCGUGGCCGUGACGCUGCCCAUGGUGACCAAGAGCCCCAGCAAGGAGGCCCCCGCCAAGGACCUCGCGGCGGCGGCCAAGCGCGCCGCCGCCGCCGCGCCUGGCGACCAGGUCCUCCAGGUGGUGGUGAUGAAGGUGGCCAUCCACUGCCAGGGCUGCGCGGGCAAGGUCAGGAAGCACAUCUCCAAAAUGGAAGGGGUGACGUCGUUCAGCAUCGACCUGGAGAGCAAGAAGGUGACGGUGAUGGGCCACGUGUCCCCGGCCGGCGUCCUCGAGAGCAUCUCCAAGGUCAAGAAGGCCGAGCUCCUCGCCUGAUGAAUAAUCCUCCGCCGGCUACAUGCAUGCAUGCAUCAGCUGAAGAAGAUCGAAGAGAGAGACGAGGGAGGAGGCUCUGGUGGCUGGGGAUGGAGAAAUAGAAAAGUAAACGACAGAUCAUAUAAUGGCAUGCGUGUCAUGGUGUAGUACGUAGCGAUCGGGUGCAGUGCAGGCAUGCAUGCGCGUGCCGUGGUACGGUGGUGGUGACUGGUGAACUGGGGAGAAACCGUGCGUCGUCGUCGUCGUCGCAGCACCUGCUGGGUGUAGCUACCUAUAGGGUCGGUGUGUGCAUGCUGCUUACUUUAUUUACUUUAUUACAUAUACUCCUUGCUCGUCAGCUUUA